AUGUUAUACCUGGGUAUAAUGGAGAACAGAUCAAGCAUCCCAUCUUUGGAGUCAUGGGAAAAAAUCCGAGCCGAAAUCUUGGCGAGGGUUGAAAAAUUAGCAAAAACCAAGCUGAACGGGAGAAACAUGUUCAAGGCAAUAAAUAUGUUUGCUUUGUCCCUCCUGAACUACUACACUGGAUUGCUAAAACUAUUACCGGAUGAUUUUGAGGCACUAGACUUGGACAUUCGGAAAAUACUAGUCAAACACAGACUGCAUUACCUCAAUGCAUCCCCUGAAAGACUCUAUCUUAAAAGGGAACAAUGUGGACGGGGACUAGCAUCAGCAACCAGGAAGUCAUAG